UUGUCUUGAGAUCAAGUAUAAUCUGUGCUGGAAUUGCUGCCCUUUGAAUUCCAAGCUCAGGGCAAAAGUAGGGUAAAGGUAGAUACAAAGCAGAAGCAAAGAAAUAAAGUCUGAAGGAGCUGCAGAUGGUUUUUUUGGUGUUGUUUUUUUUUUUUAAAGAAGGAAUACCUGAACAUUUACUUCUAUGCACUGAACCAUAAAUUGUUGGGUUUAAUAAUUUUCCAGCAGAAAAGAAACUGUAUUUGAGGCAUUCAGACUAUCAAACAGAAGGAAAAGGAGCAGCUCAAAACAUAUACUGCCUGGUUUAUGAAAACAGGAGUCACAUCUCUAGAUGAUGGAAGAAAAAAAUUUUAUAAAACAUGGGAAUAAGGAUACAACACAGCUACAACUGUGAGUCUGAAUUAAAAAUAAAAAUUGUCAAAAGAUCACUAUGUUCCAACUUGCAAACCUCUGCAUGUUACGGUGUGAUGAUAAUUUGGACGUGCUAGUGAGCCCUACAUAAACUGAAUAUCUUUUUAAUUGAAAACCUUUUCAAAACAAAAAAUUGAAGAAUAAAUAAAUUAAGAGAGGUAUUCUAGGUGACUGUAUGGGGAUAGGAAAAGAGGUGGUGAGAGACCUUUUGGGGAAAUUCAGGCACAGGUGAAGGAAAGUUGAAGUGGAGUGGAAGCUGGAGUAUCUGAGGCUUGAAAGUUGGAAAAAGUGAAGGUGUGGAAGUCGGAGAAUCUGAGGAACCGGAAAAGUAUCUGAGGAGAAGAAAGCCACCAGAAAGUAGAAGAGUAUGGCAGCGAUGAAGGAGAUUCUCCGAUCCAGAAACCUCCUACUUGUUGUUCUCAUUCCACUUCUGCUGCUUCCUCUGCCACUCAUAUACCCCAGCAGUGAAGCCUCAUGUGCCUACGUGCUGAUUGUGACAGCCGUAUACUGGGUCUCUGAAGCAGUACCUCUUGGUGCAGCAGCCUUAGUUCCUGCUUUCCUGUAUCCACUUUUUGGAGUCAUGAAGUCCAGUGAGGUGGCUGCUGAAUAUUUCAAGAACACGACUUUGCUCCUCAUGGGUGUGAUUUGUGUGGCAGCUUCUGUAGAAAAGUGGAAUCUCCACAAGCGAAUUGCCCUGCGCAUGGUCAUGAUGGCUGGAGCCAAGCCAGGCAUGUUGCUUCUCUGCUUUAUGUGUUGCACCACGGUGCUCUCCAUGUGGCUUUCCAACACAUCCACCACAGCCAUGGUGAUGCCAAUUGUGGAGGCAGUGCUCCAGGAGCUAGUGAAUGCUGAGGAGGAGUGUGAGGUCAUCAGUACUGCAGGCAGCACCAUUACUGAAGAAAAGAAGCCAAUAGGUCUCAGCGAAAAGCAUGGCCAACCUUCACUGGAGCUUAUCUUCAUCAAUGAGGAUGCUACUACUACUGACUUCAGCUCCUUGAUGCACUCAAAGAGUAUGAAUGGUGUGCACAUGAUAGCCAACCCUAUUGGAACAAUGAAUUCUCAGAGCAAUGGGCAGCACCUACCCCAGACUCAGAUACUGGUCCUGCCUCCUGAGCCCUCAGAUCUAGGCCUGACUGCUAAGUACCGGUAUCAAACCAGACAUGACCACAUGGUCUGUAAAUGCCUCUCACUGAGCAUCUCCUACGCAGCAACCAUUGGAGGACUGACAACCAUCAUAGGGACCUCCACCAGCCUCAUAUUCUUGGAGCACUUCAGCAAUCAAUACCCAAAUGCUGAAGUGGUGAAUUUUGGAACCUGGUUUUUGUUCAGUUUCCCCAUCUCCCUCAUCAUGUUGGUGCUGACUUGGUUCUGGAUGCAUUGGCUGUUCUUGGGUUGCAAUUUUAAGGAGACCUGUUCUGUGAGCAAAAAGAAGAAGACCAAACGGGAAGAAAUGUCAGAGAGAAGAAUUCAAGAAGAAUAUAAGAAACUGGGAAAUGUUAGCUAUCCUGAGAUGGUGACUGGAUUCUUCUUCAUCCUGAUGACCUUGCUUUGGUUUACUCGUGAGCCUGGCUUUGUACCAGGAUGGUCAUCUUUUUUUGAGAAGAAAGGUUACCGGACUGAUGCCACUGUCUCUCUAUUUCUUGGUUUUCUCCUUUUCCUGAUUCCAGCAAAAAAGCCGUGUUUUAGAAAGAGGGAAAAAGGAGAUAGUGAAAAGUCAACAGACAUUAACACACUGGAUCCCAUCAUUACCUGGAAGGACUUCCAGAAGACCAUGCCCUGGGAGAUUGUAGUGUUGGUUGGAGGAGGUUAUGCCUUAGCAGCUGGAUGCAAGACCUCUGGCCUCUCUACGUGGAUUGGACGUCAAAUGCUCUCCCUGAGCAGCCUUCCCUACUGGGCUGUAACCCUGCUGGCUUGCAUUUUGGUAUCCCUGGUAACAGAGUUUGUUAGUAAUCCAGCAACUAUAACCAUCUUUCUGCCUAUUUUAUGCAGCAUGUCAGAAACCCUGCUUAUCAACCCUUUAUACACUCUGAUUCCUGUCACCAUGUGUAUCUCAUUUGCGGUGAUGCUGCCAGUGGGUAAUCCUCCAAAUGCCAUUGUCUUCAGUUAUGGGCACUGCCAGAUUAAAGAUAUGGUGAAAGCUGGCCUGGGUGUAAAUCUGAUUGGCCUGGCUGUUGUCAUGGUGGCAAUCAACACCUGGGGAAUUAGACUCUUCCAGCUGAAUUCCUUUCCAGAAUGGGCAGCGAUCAGUAACAUCACUAGCCAAACAUAAUCUUCAGUU